CCUAUCACAGAAGGCAAGGUUUCUCACACUUUCUCUGUUUCUGUUGCAGAUCCGCGGCACUCUGAAAAGCUGGACCAAGCUGUGGUGCGUUCUGAAACCAGGCGUCCUGCUCAUCUACAAAACCCACAAGAACGGGCAGUGGGUCGGCACGGUGCUGCUGAACGCCUGCGAGCUCAUCGAGAGGCCGUCCAAGAAAGAUGGAUUCUGCUUCAAACUCUUCCACCCGCUGGAGCAGUCCAUCUGGGCCGUCAAGGGUCCUAAAGGAGAAGCAGUCGGCUCCAUCACUCAACCAUUACCCGGCAGCCACCUCAUCUUCCGCGCUGCCUCUGAAUCCGAUGGUCGAUGCUGGAUGGACGCCUUAGAGCUGGCGCUGAAGUGCUCUAGCCUGCUGAAGAGGACCAUGAUCCGAGAGGGGAAAGAGGACAUGAGCACAGUCGCUACCGGAGGAGAACACUCCAUUAACUUCUACAGCCUCCUCCGAGCACACAACAUCCACGGCUUCCAGUUCAACGACAGCGACCAUCUGAAAGACCCGGACCUGUAUUCGGAUAAAUCUGACCGUGAGGGGGAGCAGGACCACGAGGAGUCGGACCCCGAAGGUCUGGAGAAGAGCGAGGAGAGCGACAGCGACACGUCGGAGCGCCAAGACGACUCGUACAUCGACCUGGACCCCAACGAACAUCUGAGGGAAACACCGUAUCUGGAACAAUCCCACGAGGAGCUCGGAGAGGCGGGUGAGGCGGCGCAGACGGAGACGGUGUCGGAGGAGAAUAAGUCUCUGAUCUGGACUCUUCUGAAGCAGGUGCGACCCGGCAUGGAUCUCUCCAAAGUGGUUCUGCCCACUUUCAUCCUGGAGCCACGGUCCUUUCUGGACAAACUCUCCGACUACUACUACCACGCAGACUUCCUGUCAGAGUAA